CAUAGUAAUGAAGAGUGCGCGGGGAACGCAGGCAGGCGUUAAAUUGACUUUCUCCAUUCCGCUGAUCGCGCCAGGAUCCGGCGCAUGCAGAGAAACGGGAUGCAUAAGCUGGGCGGCCUAUUGCGUCGUGCGUAGGACUGACUGACUGAUGGCGUAACGUUACGCGUUUUCGGGCCUGCGUCGUACCGACCGGCCCCUCCCUACACACUAGUGCUGCACCCGCGUCCUCUGUACAUCACAUUCCGGGACACGCGCCAGCCUGGACUUGACAGGUUCCGGCUGUUUUUCCAGGAAAAAAAAAGAACAAAGGGUCGUACUUUUCUCGGCGAGAAGAAGGUGAGAAGAAGAUUGGUUCAGAGUCAAGGUGAGAGGGCAUGAUCACGUGACUGAAUACGUUAACGUGUGGAGGAAGCAAAGAUGGAGCCAGGUGGGAAGAUGCAGCGGAGGAAGGGAGGCGCUCCAUCUGCGGGACCGGUCGGAGCGCUCAUCCUGCUCGCUCUUCUCGGUAUCGUUUCCGGAGCCCCGAACCACAGCGAGUCCCGGCCGCCGCCCAACCCGCAGAGGCCGUGGCACGGUCAGCACGACCCGUACGCGCAGCACGACACCUCGGUGCACGACCCCACCAUCCGGUCCUCCCACCAGAGCCCGCCCAUCGGCUACUCCGUGGACGAUCCGCCGCCCCCUCCCCCUCCUCCUCCUCCCGCCAGGAACUCUCAGGCCCCGAAGGAGACGCGUCGGAAGGCGUCCAAGGGCCCGCAGAACAACCAGGCGUCCGAGCCCGUCACGACGACAAUGCCGCCGCGCGUCGUGCCCAACCAGUUCGGCGGGGCGUCGGACCAGACGGGCGGGGGAGGGCAGACCGGCGGGCCGGAACGAACCGGCGGACAGCCCGGCGGACAGAACAGCGGGCAGUCCGGCCAGACUGGACAGACGCAGCGGCACGUACCGGUCAUCCUGGUGCCCACGGACCCGCCGGCCAGACAGACGGCCUCGCAGAUCUAUGAAGCACAGGAGAAAACAUCGUCUUCACAGACCGAGUCUCCGAGCCAAGGCCAGGGCCAGACACCAGGCCAAAGUCCUGCUAAACAGAACCCAAAGCCGCCGCAGCCCGCCGUGCCCGUCCCUCGGGCGACCCCCCUCCCCCUGCCGGCGCCGUCCCCGACCCCCACGCUGCCCCCGCGGUCGGGAGGCAUCUUCAAGGGCGACUACGUAGUGAAGGACCAGAACGGGUCCAUCUGCGUGCGCGGCGCCUUCAACGCCAGGCUCAGCAUUUGGUACCAGUCCAAGCGGGGAGGAAAGCGCACGGUUGACCAGGCUGCGCUGGAGGUUCCCCAGAGGCCGGUCAUCACCGGAAGGUGCGGCACGGACAAGGAGCCGGCCGUCAUGGACCUGCGCUGGGCCAAGGGGCGCUACAGACUCAAGCUCUUCUUCUCGGUGAACACAAACGGCAGCAAGACGUCGUGGCUGGUCUCGGGUGUGCACUUCAAGUACGACACAAACGACGCCAGCUUCGUCAAGCCUCUGUCCACCGGCCCCCACACGGUGAUGAGCGCCCCCGGCACGGACAUCUUCUCCGCGCCCAUCAGCCACUCCUACAAGUGUUCCAGCCGGCUGCAGGUGGACAUGACUGCGCCGGACGGGGAGGAGGCCACGCUGGUGCUGCAGGACACGCAGAUACAGCCCUUCCACCUGGGCAAGAACGGAAACUACGGAACAAGACGAGAGUGUGGUGCUGACCACUACGGUGACGUCAUCCCGUUGGCGGUGGGGCUGGGGCUCGGCGCGCUCAUCCUCCUUAUGAUUGUGGCCUACUACUUCCACAGACGCUACCAGGGACCCCCCUACGAGAACAUGUGAAGAGCAAAACUACA